AUGGACACUGCCUCUCUCUUGCUCCCUGACUACCUGAUGGACCGGAAACCAGAGGAUCACUUGGAUGUUGACUCCUACCCAGCUGCUACUGGCAGCAGCAGCAUGGGCAUGUUCUCCAUCUCUCCUUCUCCAGCAUCUGGGACUGCAGACAGACCUGGUCUGGUCAUAGGGGUGAGUAGAGCCCCAGAGGAGAGAGCAAGGGGCCUCCACUUAAGAGAGAAAGAAGGUCAAGAGAGACAAGGCUUGGUGGAGGCCACCAAGAGAGAAGAGGUUGUCGGAACAAUACUGAACCAGACAGGGGGCAGAGAGUUCAUUCUUUUGAGCCUCACCGAUAUCCGGGAGCUGCAGCACUAUUUUUUCAUCUCAUUCCUUUUGCUCUACUUGGCCACUCUUCUGGGAAAUGGUGCCAUUGUGACCCUGGUGAUAUCUGAGCCCUGGCUGCACACACUGAUGUACUUCCUCCUGGGGAACCUUUCCUGCCUGGGCAUUUUCUACUCCACAGCCACUGUUCUCAAGAUGUUGAUUGGCUUGGGCACCCAUGACACUCAUCUGGCAAGACUUGUCACUCCAGUUGUGGCAGGUGUGUGCUCACUGCCUCCCUUUCUGUUGACCUUCUCAUUCUAUCUCUAUGUUAUUAUCAUGGUCAGGAGAAUUCCAUCUGUCACUGGAAGGAAAAAGGCCUUUUCCACUUGCUCCUCACAUCUUACUGUGGUGAUUCUUUUUAAUGGUCAAUAUUAACUGUCUAUGUACAUCCUCAUCAUGAUAACCAAGCAUCUCUAAAGAAGGUGUUCUCUGUUUUUUUAUACCAUUCUCACUCCUUUGUUCAAUCCCUUCAUCUACAGUCUGAGAAACAAAGAAGUAAAGGAAGUUCUGCAAAAACAGUUGGGUAAAUUGCUGGCUUCCAGAGGGCUGCCUUCCAUUACCAAGAAAAAAAAGGAAGGUGAUAAUCCUUAA